GAGCUGUCGGUGUGUGAGAGCUCCUGCGUGUGGUUUGGGGGGGGCUUUGUUCUCGGGGUCCUUGGUGGUGUGGGGCAGCCGCAGAGGCACCCGGGGCCAGCCUCAUGCCCAACAGGAAGGAAAGAGAAACACGUCAGUUGUUCUAACACAGAGAAAAGUCGACUUCCUUCUCUUCAGAACAGACUGUCCUGGCCUCUCCCCCAUGAAGCUGAUUCCAAGGCUUUGAGCCGGCUGGGCUGGGCUGUGCGUGGCCUCCCUGGGGCCCUAAACAUGCCCAAAGGGGAAGAUUACCUCCUGUGAGUCCCUGGAUCUCUCCCCGUCGCUGUUCCCCAGGCCCCUCGGGUUGGAGGCCCCUUCCGCUCCGCAGCAGCGAACCGUCUGGACCCAGGCAUCACUCAGAGCGAUCUCUGGCACGGCCUCAGAAGAAGACACGCUUUUGUUCCAGACGGAUGUCAGAGGCCGGGGCCGGGCCUGGUGACACCGCCUCCCGGGCGGCUUGAGGCUCUCGGAGCCUCCGACAGUGGGACAGCGGCCUUUUGGGGCUCCCUCUGCUGAGCAGUGUGACACAGUGAAAAAAGGGGAGGAAAGAGCCACAGGCCACACGGUGGCCAGGGAGAUAGGAGCAGAGUGCUGCUGAGCACGUGCGGUUGCUGCCGGACUCCGCGCUCAAACACGGGGACGCGCGUGCACUCAUGGAGUGAAACGUCGCCUGGGGCCUCAGGAACCAGAGGGAAAUGGCCCAAGACGCCAGCCUGAGCUCCUUCCAGGAGUCGGAGUGGGAGGUGAUCCUCCCGGUCCUGUACCGAGACCGGGCCGUUCAGAACGUCGAGGAGGAGAGGAUACGGAAACUGAAGACACGCCUGCAGCAGCUGCGGUGGAGAGGCGCGAAGAGAGCGGGCCAGGAGUACGCGGAGAAGUCGUGCGCCCGCUGCCGGCGCGCGCUGGGGCUGCUGCUGAACCGGGGGGCCGUGUGCCAGGGCUGCAGCCACCGCGUGUGCUCCGAGUGCCGCGUGUUCCCGGGCAGGACCCGCGUCUGGAGGUGCACCGUGUGCUACGAGGGCAGAAACGUGAGAAUCAAAACUGGAGAAUGGUUCUUUGAGGAACGAGCCAAGAAAUUUCCAGCUGAAGGCAGACAGGAGACCGCGGGAGCAAGGCUCUUGCAAUCUUAUCAGGAACUGAGCAGCAAAAUUUCCGUGGUCCCUCCCACCCCGCCUCCACUCAGUGAGAGCUGGUGCAGCAGCAGCCCUGGCAGGCUGCAGGAACUCAGUCAGCCCAGGGGAUUCAAUAAGUCCGUGGAAAACUUAUUCCUGUCCGUCACCACCCACAUGAAAAAGCUGUCCAAGUCCCAGAACGACGUGACCUCCGACAAGCAGCUCCUGACCACGAGCCCCGGGCAGGGCGCCGGCCGGCCGGAGAGGAGGAGCCAGUCGGACACGGCCAUCAAUGUCACCGCCAGGAAAGUCAGUGCGCCAGACAUCCUCCAGUCUCUCAAUCCGGAGAGUCCCAAACGCCCUGCUAACCCUGUUCUGAAGCAAGAGAAUCUCUUACCCCACCCAACGCCCGGCCCUUUAUUCUCAGGAGGCUCGAGACAGGGAAGUUUAAUUAGCAUUAAUAGCGCUUGCACAGAGAUCGGCAAUUUUGAUAAUGCUGACGUCACCGGGGAAGUAGAGCUGGCCCUCCGAUACUGCUUCAAAACCCGUUCUCUGGAAGUCUGCAUCAAGUCCUGUAGGAACCUGGCGUACGGAGAGGAGAGGAAGAAGAAGUGCAAUCCGUACGUGAAGACCUAUCUGCUGCCUGACAGAUCCUCCCAGGGCAAGCGCAAGACCAGCGUCCAGAAGAACACGGUGGACCCGACCUUUCAGGAGACCUUGAAGUACCAGGUGGAGCCCGCCCAGCUGGCGACCCGGCGCCUGCAGGUGUCCGUGUGGCACUUGGGCACGCUCGCCCGGAGGGUGUUCCUCGGAGAAGUGAUCAUCCCUCUGGCCUCGUGGGACUUCGAAGACAGCGCCACACAGGCCUUCCGCUGGCACCCGCUGCGGGCCAAGGCGGAGAAGCACGAAGACAGCAGUUCUCCGAACCAUGGCGAACUCACGGUCCGGGCCAAACUCGUGCUCCCUGCAGGGCCCAGCAAGCUCCAGGAGGCUCAAGAAGGGACGGGAGAGGAGCCCUCGUGUGACGGUCAGCUCUGUCUGGUGGUGCUGGGAGCCCAGAAUCUGCCUGUGCGGUCCGAUGGCACCCUAAACUCCUUUGUUAAGGGCUGCCUCACUCUGCCGGACAAGCAGAAGCUGAGGCUGAAGUCCCCCGUCCUGAAGAAGCAGGCGUGUCCGCAGUGGAAGCACUCCUUUGUCUUCAACGGGGUGAGCCCUGCCCAGCUGAGGCAGUCCAGCCUGGAGCUGACCGUCUGGGACCAGGCUGCCUUCGGUGUGAGCGACCGCUUGCUGGGAGAGGCCAGGCUGGGUCCCAGGGAAGACCCCGCCGGCGGCACUGGCUCGGGCUCACACUCCAAGCUUCAGUGGCAGAAAGUUCUUUCCAGCCCCAACCUGUGGACGGACAUGACACUCGUCCUGCACUGAACCCCAGGUGCCGGUGCUUCGUUGUAACACGCUUGAAACGCCGUCUCGAAAGUGGGUGAAACGGAAGCGUGGAGCGGAGCGCGGGGUUCCCAGCCCCGAGCCAGGACGGCAGGAGGAAGAUACCCACCCACCCAGCUCUGUCUCAGCCCCACCUUGGCCACAGCCCUUCCCUGCCGGCUCCCCCGAUGGGGUAACUGGGUCCCCCGGGGGGCCCGAGCCCCCAGGCGCCACAGCAGGGCACCACGGCGCUGUGGGCCCCGCAGCAGGGACAGUGCGCUCCCCCAGGACGGGGAGCCCGGGGGCAGGACCGGGUUCCCCUCGGUCUCUGUCCUCUUCCUGCUGCUCUGUUUUCGGUCUGAGGACUCCAGUUAGAACGACACCGCGGCUGCCCGCCCGAGCCUUCGGUUCCCAGGCUGGUAACGCUGCUCAGGGAGGCGCCCGGGCCCGCCCACCUCCUCCCGCUCCU